AUGUUGGUAAUUCCUUGGGUUUUGUUGGUAACUAUUUUGCAAAUUUCCCUGUGCAUCAGUGCGGAAAACUGUAACGAAGACAUCUGCGGAUCAGUAGUUUCCAAAUGUAUUUUAACACAAAGCUGUAAGUGCGAUGUAAAUGAUACAGCCUGUUAUCGAACAUGUGUUAUGUGCAUGGGCAAAAAAUACUUCGAAGAAUGCUGUGGAUGUGUCGGCCUCUGUCCAAAUAACACCAAAGUCUCAUUGUCCCAAAAAUCGCACGUUGAAGAUUUUGAAGGGGUGCCGGAGCUAUUCGAUGUACUAGUAUCAUCCCCGACAGAUGAAUUGGAGUACAACUGGAAUAUAUUCACAUUUGAAGUUGAUUUUGAAAAUACCCAGUCAAAUCGGAAGAAGAAGAAGCCUUCGCAGCAACACCAGGGCUCACAUGUAAACUGCACCGUUGUCUACUUAGACAAUUGUGUGUCAUGGAAUAAAUGUCGCCAAACAUGCCGGAGUACCGGUGCUAGCAGUUAUAGAUGGUUUCAUGAUGGCUGUUGUGAAUGCGUGGGUUCGACGUGCAUAAAUUAUGGUGUAAACGAAAGCCGAUGCCGACAUUGUCCCGAAAAAGGUGAUGAAUUUGAUGAUGAUGACUUUGAAGAAUAUGAUUUUGGAGAUUACGACGGCAAUUUAGUCGAUAAUAAUAUUUAG